GAUUCUCAAUUAUACCUAUUUUCUGUUAUCUUAUAAAAAGCCGGUUAUCAACAUUGUUAUCACUUUAAAUUUUAAUUACGUCUCCUGUAAAUUGUAAUCCGUAUUUCAUGGUCGUCAGUCGUCACUCGUCAGUCGUCAGUCGACUGCUAAUAUGCUCUACAAUACUAUUCUUCUACUUUUCUAGUCUACUUAUAUAGUCUAAUCGGCUUGUCCGUGAGACCGUGGCUCCGUGGUACGUCAUUCAUCUGGCUGAUGGCCAUCAUUCUGUCUGUUCACUUUUUUUCACUUUUAUUUUGUAGUUUCAUUUAAAGUUUUUUCCUGUCAUUAAUUUUGAUUAUUUAACACCUAUCUUAACUAUUCAAGCCGAAUUUCGAUUGUGGUGAUUAAAAACUUGGCUAUCAAUUUCAUCAAUCAGUUGGAAUUAUAAAACAUAAAAAUGACUACCAACGGUGACAAAUACUGUUAUCUUUCCGAAUUCAAAUGGUUACAAAAAUUUGGGCCAUCGUACUCGGUCAAAGCAGAAAAUAUCACAGCGUUAAAAAGCCCUUCGGAGUUUUAUCGCACACUUUUAGACAGAUGUCGAACAGCAAAACAUCGCAUUGUAAUAGCUUCUUUAUACCUGGGCAUUGGAAAUCUGGAACAAGAACUUGUAAACACCAUAAAAGAUGCUAUGGAUAAUAGGCGAAAGUUAAGCGUGAGGGUUUUGUUAGACGCUAACCGUGGGUCAAGAGGUAAAGUAAGUUCACGUACCAUGUUGAUGCCCAUAUUGAAUCCAUCAUUUGAUUGUCGUGUGUAUUUGUACCAUACCCCAAAAUUAAGAGGUCUUCUCCGGUGGCUGUUACCUGAAAGAUAUAAUGAAUUAAUAGGAAUACAGCACAUGAAACUAUAUAUGUUUGAUGACUCUAUAAUUAUCUGCGGAGCAAAUUUAAGUCAAGACUAUUUUACUAACCGACAAGACAGAUAUAUUCUCAUUGAAGACUGCAAGCCAUUAGUAGAUUUUUAUAUAGGAUUAGUUGAAUUAUUAGGCCGUAUGUCAUUUCAGCUGACAAAUAAAAACACUUUAACUUUGGAUCCUACUUGGAAACAUCAUCCAUAUAAAAGUCCUUAUCAAACGUAUGCUUCAGAGGCUAGAAAACAGUUAAUACAAUAUUAUAAUACACACAUCAAACAUCCAACUUCGGAAAAAGAUACAGAUACAAUAGUUUAUCCUUUAAUUGAAUUUCCUCCAUUUGACAUACACCAUGACAGUCAAACAACUAAUCUUCUUAUGUGUAAUGCUGAACCGGGAUCUACAAUGCACAUGGCCACCGGAUACUUCAAUAUACCAGAUAUUUACACAAAUACUAUGUUCCAAAAAUCAAUGGCUAACUUCAAAAUAUUGUUUUCUCAUCCAAUGGCCAAUUCUUUUCAACAAGCUAAAGGACCCGCUGGAUUUAUACCUACUGCAUACAGUUAUCUCACAAAUACUUUUUUUGGUGAAAUUGAAAAACUCAAACUUCAUGAACGUAUUUCUUGUUUUGAAUACCAAAGAACUGGAUGGACUUUUCAUUCCAAGGGUUUGUGGUACACUCCAAACAAUUAUGAAUUGCCUGUACUCACAGCUGUUGGCUCUUCAAAUUAUGGAGCCAGAUCAUUGAAUUGUGAUUUAGAAUCGCAAUUGAUAAUAGUAACAAAUAAUAAAAAAUUGCAGCAAAACUUUCAUACUGAGAAAAGUGAUAUUUUUAAAUCAACAUCAUUAUAUAUACCAGAAGGUGAAUUUAAAGCACCUCUCUGGGUACGAUUUGUUUUAAGAAUGUUUAAAAAUUAUUUUUAAUUAUUUUGAGUAAUUUUAUUAAGUAUAAAAUUGUUUUUUCUUAAUUCAAUUAUUGAAAUAGUCCAAAAUACUAAUACUGUUAUCACUUUGGGUUUAUAUAUUUCAAUUUCCUUAUGAAAGUAUGUUGAUAGCAAAAAAGGAAUUGUUAAUAUAAAUUUAUAUUUGAUCAACACUGAACAUAAAAUAAAAACAACUUUUAUUUGAGAUAAUACAAAAUUGUUGCUGUAUAUUACUCUGGUUAGAACUUAAAAGUUGGGUUGUACACCAGCUAAGAUAUACAAUUUUACUGAAGAAAAGUACUUUUAGGCAAAGCUCAUAUUUUAAUCUAUAAAAAGUAAUUAUUUAGCUGAAAUCUGUACUUAGCUUAUAACUGUUUAUUAUUAUUUUGCUACUUCUGUACUUUUCUCAAACACUAUUGAGAAAUUUUUAAAAAUAACCUAUCUUAAGUACUAUUUAUGAUAUAUUUAUAAAAUACAGGGUGCGGCAGUCAAACCCAACGAUUUAAAAUGAACUGGUGGGUGUGGCUAAAGUGGUAGAGAUUUCGGUAAUGUUCUUAUCGCUUUUAAAUACGCGGAAGUUAGUUAUCAUGGAGCAUUGGUUCGCGGUAAAAGCGUAUUACAAAAGUAAUGAUACAUGUAGUAGUAAUGUGUGGCUAACCAAGAAAGGCUUUUGCCUGACACAAUCUUUAAAAAAUGAAGUUUUUAAAUAUAUAACAUAGAAUUCCACUUGUGUAAUUUUUAUUUGUUUGGCGAAAAAUAAAUAAAAAAUUUUUAUUUUUAUUUAAAUUAUCGGAUUUGACUGCCGCACCCUGUAUCUAAGGUGCUACAUAAAAUAUAAAGAUCCCUUUUACUAAAAGUAAUAAAUAAUUUAUUUUGAAACAAAUUGAGUUGAUAAUAGUUCCCUUGUAGAGAAGAAUCUAUAAUGUAUUAAUUGUAUUUAAUGAUAAAAUAUAUUUAUUUAUUCAAUGAUUUUGUAUUAAUCUUCAAUUUCAUGUUGUUAUUUAUAAUUUAUUAUAAUUUUGUAAUAAGUUACAAAUUAUAAUAUUGUAAAGUUAAUAUUAUUUUAAUGUAUUUAUGUUCUAAAAAUAAAUAUUUAUUUAAAAUAUAUUAAUUUUUAGUUUAGCAAAUGUUUUACUAUAGUAAAACAAUAUAAAACUAUUCUUGCCUGUUGAUCGCAUUUUAUCACAUGUGAUAAAUUCAACUAUUUGGUAAUUUAUUUUAUUUUUAUUUGUUAUUUGUGUACCAAUUUCAUUAUUUUUUCUUUAGGUAAAAUUUUUUUUUUUUAGUUUUUACACAUCAAUUUUCUUAUACUAAAUAAUUAUUUAUUCUUCUUUUAAUAUGUGUGUGUUAAAUUUUAAUGUGUUUUAGUUAUUACUUACCUUACCCACUUAUGUAUUUGAAUGAAUAGAGGGUGUUUUAUUGAUAUAAAAAUUGUAAAAAUGUGAACAUUAGGGAUAAAAUCUAAAACUACUAUUUUAAAAAUAGAUACCAACUAUAGACAUAAUUUUCAAUUAAUAGAUAGGGUUACAUUAAUCUAAAGUAAGUUGUAGAUCCUUUUAAUUGCUGGAAAUUAAGCCAUAGAAAAAAAAUAAAAACACAUUCCUUGCUUCGUUCAGUUGUACAGUAGUUAUCUUUGAACUAAAAUGCCAUUAAUUUAUUACGCUUAUUUUAAUUCAUUAAGUGUUUAUAUUUUUAAAAAUUGAAUUGUAUGAAAUAAUUUAUAUGAUCUAAUAAUUAAUAAAUAUUGUAAAUAUGUAAAUAUAUUUUUAUUAUUGUG